AUGCUACCGCUAUACCUGCUGACAAAUGCCAAAGGACAACAGGUGAGUGUUGAGCUUAAAAAUGGCGAGAUCGUCGAGGGUGAACUUACCAACGUCGAUAACUGGAUGAACCUAACCCUCAGUAACGUAAGUCAACAGGAUACCAUUGGGAACAGUGGCAAUAUCGCCUUUCAAAAAGAAAUUGUCAAAUCACAGGAAGUCUAUCUAAGAGGUACCUAUAUCAAAUACAUUAAAUUACAGGAUAAUGUCAUCGAUCAAGUUAAGCAACAAAUAAGUAACAACAAUGGAUCCAAGGACAAUAAUAGUGGUAAUUUCAGAAGAGGUAACAAAUUCGGUGGUCGUGACAACUUUAGACGUGGGAACCAAAAUAACAGAGGUUAUAAUAAUAACCAGAGUGGUGGUGGUCGUCGCCCAUACCAAAAUCGUUACGAAAAUUCACAAAGACCUUCAAGUGGCAGUGGUAUGGGUGGGUUUGUGCAGCAACACAGAUCCCAAAGAGAUACGAAUAAUGCGAACGUCGAAUUUUAA